AUGAAGUGGUUCUUCCAGGCGUUUGUUAGCGUUAUUAUUACGUUUAUCGUACUGUCAGCUACCUUGGCGGAAAAUUUGGAUCGAACGGAGAAACGGAUCUUUGGCAGCGAGCAUGGAACGCAAUUUUCGUCGCACAACAAUCACGCUCAGCAGCAGCAGCAGUUGGAUUAUCACUACAAUCAACCCCAUCAGGUUCACCAGCACAACCAGAAGAACUGGAUUCAACCUGAGGAACGGUUGAACAAAGCUAAGGAGUACUAUCAGCACAUCCAACAGCAGCAACUCGAGUGGGAAUCUCAGAAACAGCAUGCUCCAGAGCAUCACGGUAUCGAUCAUUACCAACAUGUUGAUCAUCAGCAGCAGAAUCAGGGUGUUCAUUAUCAGUACGCUCAGCAGCAAGAUCAACACCACCGUGAUCAUGAUUAUCAACAGCAUCAUCAUCAAGCCCAAUAUCAGCCUCAUUACUAUCAACAACAACAAGAAAGACUUCCCCAUCAUCACAAUCAACAGCAACCUCAGCAUGACUGGGCCCAGCAGAAGCAGAUCUUCAGUUUUAGUUCAUUACUUUUCCCAGUACAGGAUCAGAAGCACGUUCCAUACCCGGUAGCCUUUGAAAAGAACAUCCCACAAGUAGCCGAGAAGAAAGCUCCCAUCUACGAAGAGAAUCAGAUCCCCUAUCAGGUUGAUCGGCCAGUGCAGCAUCCAGUCAAGAUUCCCGUCCAAACCCCAGUCAAGCAGCACAUCCAGGUGAUUCGCAAACCAGUCGCAGUUCAUGUCGAUAAGCCUUAUCCAGUGUACGUGGAGCACCCGGUCUACAUGGAGAAGCCUGUGCCCAUGCAAGUAAUCAUCAUGAAAGAGAAGAACAAGUCCCUGUGGGGAUGAGCGACGGUGUUACCUAGUUAAACCUACUAAUCUUAUAAGUUGUUAAUACGUUCGUAAUAUGAUGAUAAUAUA